AUGGAACAGAGUGAGGCGUCUUUCAGGACGGAGACGAUCCUUUUUUCAAACAUGGCUGCUCGCAUGUGAAUGUCAUGCCAUCUUAAUAUAUUCCCUGAAUCGGUUCAUGUGUGGCUACGAUAAGUGAUGCGUUGGUGCUGACAUCUUGCGGGAUUGUGAUAUAUUCACCGGAGAGACCUAAGGCUUGGAGAAAACCAUAAUAACCUUGUUGAUUCAUUAACGGACCAGCUCUGGAUGUUAGCAUUUUAGCUAACCAGCAGUCAAUUUAAGACGUGAUCACGAUGGAGCCUGAAAAUCAACUAAGAAAUCUGAGGGACUUCCUUUUGGUUUACAACCGAAUGACUGAAGUCUGUUUCCAGAGAUGCAGCAGCAACUUCAACUACAGAAGCUUGACGAUGGACGAGGAGCGGUGUGUGGACAGCUGUGCGGGGAAGCUGAUUCGCUCCAACCACCGUCUGAUGGGCUCCUAUGUGCAGCUGAUGCCUAAGAUGAUGCAGCGCCGGGUGGAUGAGAUGGAGAGCAAGGCGGCAGAAAGUGCCAAGGCUGCAGAGGCCGCUGCUUCUGCAAAUGUUGAGCCAGCUGUCACAGAGGCCUCUGCAGCAUCUCAAACCCCCAUCACCAUAUCUCCACCCCCAGAAGUACCCUCAAUGUUGGAUCAACCUUUUACCUCAAUGACGAUCGAUGAUGUCGGAACCGAGGCCCAAAGCUCAGUCUUAAAGCCAGCAGGAUUGGAUAUCCAAAAUGACUUUGACACUGCUUUUCCCAAAUCUACAACUUCAACAGAUGUCAGAUUAUCAGCUGCCUCACCAUUCACACCUCUGGUUGAGACAGUGAGUCUACCAGCGCCCAAUGAAGCUGGCAAUGGACCGUCUUACAUAGCAAACUUUCCCCCGCCACCAAUAGCUGGUCCCCACUUUGAGUCUGAGAUCUCAGCGCCUGUGUUUAUGCCAUCUAUACCAAUAUCCUUAUCAGAAGAUGUUCCCAUACCAACAGUAGCUGCUCCUACAGUCUCUAAAUCUAUUGAGAGCCUGUCAGGCUAAGAGAGAACCCCAGUGGUUCCCCCACCUUCGGACCCUUAAUGAUGGUCAAUCUGGGUCUGAAUCAGGUCUCACUGUUAGCAACAUGACUACCAUGAUGAGUAACUCUCACUGGCAGCACAUGUGAUAUUCCCCAUAUUGCUGAAAAGAAUAGUUUAUUAAUAGUUCAACAUAAAUUAUUAACUAAAUCAGAAAUGGUUAUACAUUAUAUCAUGAUGGCAUAUAACAUUGUCUGGCUACAGUCAUGCUUUUCUUUUUCAUUCUGUAAGUUAAAAGUAUGUUGCUUUUGCUUGACAACAUUAGCAGCUUAAAGACCUCACACGAAUUGAACAGGAGUCGUUAUGUUUAGAUAUUUUUUUUUUUUUUAAAACAUUGUUAGCUCAACUGCCCUGCAAUCUACCAGGAGAACAAUGUAAACCCCUAUGGAGAGAAACACAUAUUCAAGCAUGUCCCUCAUGAUUAUUUAAUAUGCAGAUAUUAUAAAUCCUUAGUGUAUGUGCUUUUAUGGUAAAGAAAGAAAGGAGGUUGUUGUAGCAGCAGUGUAUAUGAGAGUAGGUGUGUGCAAGACAGUUAAGUGAAUCAUUCAGUCAUGAACAUUUGUUUUGAAAGGUUACAGUAAAUGCAGAAAUAAGAUUUAACAAUAAAAAUAACAUUCAUUCAGUUUUUCUUGAUGUUACAUUUUCUUUUGACAAUGUUGUUUGACUAAAUGAAAUGCCCUCAUGCUGCCGGAUGCUCAAACUCAGCAGUGGUUUGGGCGUAUUCCACUCACUUUCACUGUUGUGGGUGUAAAUUCAGUUCAUGACCUUCAUCACCUUCUCCUCCCAUCAUUUCCUGUAUUUGCACCAAACACGCUACAGUCUAUAAUCCAGCAGCAAAGCCAUGAUAAGCAAUCUUAAACACCAUUAGCAUCUGUCCAAAACCACAAGGUAGUGAAGUUCUUCAGUGUAACUGUCAGCUGGGAUGUUAAAGGAUGCUAGAAUAAAUGAUGAAGAUACGAAAGGGGUUCAUUAAAACCACUUAUUUUCCAGGUUGGAGGAUGUGGUCAUGCAAUAGUCAUUUGUUAUUAACAUCUUGCGAUUGCAACAAUAGGCAGACAUAACUUAUGGACAACCUAUAAACAUGUCCUGAUAAAUUUGGCUCAUUGUAUUUUUUCCUUUGUUGAUGUAAUAAAAAAUGUCAGGUGAUA